GCCGAGGCAGCGCCUGGUCGAGUGUGGGGAAACGUAUGGGACCGAGUGCCUUCCCUCUCCGCGGCUCGUCUCUCGGCUCCAAGUCUCUGCGGCUCUAGGCCGUCCCUGUCCUUUAGCGUGGUAGGCUUCCUCGAGGCAGGGACUUGUGACUCCUCAAACCAAACCGUCAUCGGAGAAGGUCCACACUCAGUGAAUGCGUCGUCGGCCGCUGCUGUUGUGCGCUCGUAUCUAGUGUCUCGCUUCUCAACCUGGCAUUUAAGAUUCCCAGAUUACAUAGACCCUGCUGUGUAUCUGCUUGAUUAUUGAGAAUAGCUCCUCAGUCUGGAAUGUGCCUCAAAAGAGGAAUCUGGAAACUAGCAGUUUGUCAUUUAUUCAACAAACAGUUAUUGAGCAUUAAUACCCCAGACACCGUGUGGGCUCUAUUCAACAGUUAAACCACAGCCAUUGCCUUCAAAUAGCUCACAAGCCAGUGAAGGAGAGAACACUGGACAAGUAAACAUCAUGCAGAAUAACACCAGGCUGGCAAAGAGAUGUUCAAGCUGUUCUUAUAACAGGAUAGAGCACGGAGGGUAGACUUCGUUGGGUGAGGGAGGUAGUGACAGGAAAGAGUCUCCGGUGAAGAUAAUUAUGCCUCUCUCUAAUAUUUUGUAGCUGGUGAGGAAUGGUUGUUAGUAAACGUGGCCGUAAUUAAAAGUUUUCAUUCCGUCAUUCGACAGACUCUUGGAAUGUCCAGUAUCUGUAGACACUGUGCAUUUGAAAAUCCAGUGAUGAGUAAAAAUAACCACGGUUUCUGCCCUCAUGGAACUUAGACUCUGGGGGUUUGUGUGUGUGUUCAUACAUUAACCAAAUAAUCUAAAGUAAGUACAAAACCACAAUCGUGAUAAUUUGCUACAAAGAAAAGAGCUUGUGGACAAAUGUAUAGGAUCAAGAAUUCACAUUGUGAUGAAGAGUGAUAAGGAAAUUGUUGGCACACUUCUAGGAUUUGAUGACUUUGUCAAUAUGGUACUGGAAGAUGUUACUGAGUUUGAAAUCACACCAGAAGGAAGAAGGAUUACUAAAUUAGAUCAGAUUUUGCUAAAUGGAAAUAAUAUAACAAUGCUGGUUCCUGGAGGAGAAGGACCUGAAGUAUGAAUGGGAUUCCUUGACUUAUGCUAGAUUCUGUUUUGUCUUAUAAUAGCAACAAAAUAGAAAUUUUUAUUUGCCGUUUAAUGUUUUAGAUCCUGUAAAACUAAGUUUCCCGUUAAAGGGAAAUGCUUUGAAGAUGUAUGCCCAUUUUUCUAAGUUAAUCAUGAUUAUAUUGGAAAAAGAAGAAAAGAGUUUCUUCUUUGAAGAUUAAAAUAAAGGUGUUUUUGGUUAA